AUGGCGCCCGUUGUUACGGGGAAGUUUGGUGAGCGACCUCAGCGUUUGACAAGGGAGGCUAUGAGGAAUUACUUGAAGGACAAAGAUGAUCAAACAGUGCUCAUACUACAUGCAAAAGUUGCACAGAAGUCAUAUGGCAAUGAGAAAAGGUUUUUCUGCCCUCCACCAUGCGUGUACCUGAUGGGCAGUGGCUGGAAGAAGAAGUUAGAGAAUAUGGAGAAGGAGGGUUGCACAGAGCAGGAGGCCCAACCAUGUGCUUUCAUUGGAAUAGGCAACAGUGAGCAGGAGAUGCAGCAACUCAAUCUGGAGGGGAAGCAUUUCUGCACAGCUAAGACGCUGUAUAUCAGUGACUCGGACAAAAGGAAACACUUCAUGCUGUCGGUAAAGAUGUUGUACGGGAACAGCGCCAACAUAGGAGUCUUCCUCAGCAAGAGGAUCAAGGUCAUCUCCAAGCCCUCGAAGAAGAAACAGUCCUUGAAGAAUGCAGAUUUGUGUAUAGCUUCUGGGACUAAGGUGGCGUUGUUUAACCGUCUGCGUUCCCAGACGGUCAGUACCAGGUAUCUUCAUGUGGAAGGGGGAAACUUUCUUGCCAGCUCACAACAGUGGGGAGCCUUCUUCAUCCACCUCUUGGACGAUGAGGAGUCUGAAGGAGAGGAGUUUGCUGUGAGAGAUGGUUAUAUUCACUAUGGCCAGACGGUCAAAUUGGUCUGUUCUGUCACUGGCAUGGCCCUGCCCAGACUGGUCAUUCGCAAAGUGGACAAGCAGACUGCCUUGAUGGACGCAGAUGACCCAGUGUCCCAGCUUCACAAGUGUGCCUUCUACCUGAAAGAUACAGACAGAAUGUAUCUCUGUCUCUCACAGGAGAGGAUCAUCCAGUUUCAGGCUACACAGUGCUCCAAAGAAACUAACAAAGAGAAUGUUAACGACGGGGCUUCCUGGACUAUCAUUAGCACUGACAAGGCCGAGUACACCUUUUAUGAGGGAAUGGGCCCCGUCCCCACACCGGUCACACCUGUCCCUGUGGUGGAAACUCUGCAGUUAAACGGUGGAGGAGAUGUGGCGAUGUUGGAGCUGACAGGACAGAACUUCACCCCUGAACUCAGAGUGUGGUUCGGAGAUGUGGAGGCCGACACCAUGUACAGAUGUGGAGAGAGCGUCCUGUGUGUGGUGCCGGACAUUUCCGCCUUCAGGGAGGGCUGGCGCUGGGUGAGACAGCCGGUACAGGUCCCUGUCACGCUGGUCCGCAACGAUGGAGUCAUCUACGCCACGGCCCUCACCUUCACCUACACCCCUGAACCGGGGCCCCGACCCCACUGCAGUGCUGCUGGGGCCAUUCUGCGGACACAUAGCAUCUCUUCGUCUUCACCGGCGUCUUCAUCUUCACCAUCAUCCUUGGGCGGGCUCGGGGACGGCCACGUGGCUUACAACAGUAGUGACUCAGGCAUGUCGUCAGGGGCGUCGACCAUGUCUAUACUGUCAUAGUAAUACUUCUUCUGUUGCGUGCUUUGAAUGACUUGAGUGAGAAAAUGUGUGCAUGUGCUUAUGAGCCAAAGAGGCUCAUGGACCUGUUGAGAGGUGCACACAGACUCGGAAACUCUUCAUCGGAGAGAGCAACUGUGAUCAUCGGGACUGCUAAAGAGAGUUCGGGGGGGAGAGGGGGACUUAAAGGUUAAAGAGAAUACUUGGGGAUAACCGAAUGCUCUCUUUGGCUCCCUCUCCUGGUUUGUUGUGGGCAUGUCAAAAAGCCACACUUAAAAGGACCUUGAUAUUCAAGAUCUUCCCCUAAAAGAAGACGUGCCAUCUAACUUCUCACAACAACCGGAUUUGUACAAGAACCCUUUUGUUUUUUUAUAUGCCUGUGGGUUUGGAAGCUAUUUUAACUAAGCUCUCUUUCUACUGAGAUCAUGUUUUUACUGAAAGGCUUGUUGAUUCAUCUGCUGUGUGCAAGGGAAACAUUUGUUGUAAGAGUAACAUAGUUUUUACGGACCAAGGAAUAUUAUUAUAUUAUUUUAUUCAUAUUAUAUUUUAUAAGCUUUUGCUGAGGUACAUUUUGACUUUUCUUUUUGUAUGAUACUGCAUAGUAAGUUCACUUUUGUUACCAAAUAGAUUUGUGUCGUGUCGUUGACUCCUUUUUUGAGUUUUGUCUCAAUCUUCUAGGUCACUGGGCUCAAACGAUCAGUCCCAAUACUUUCCCCAACUUUUGAUCACAAAGAGGACAAUUCUGACGAGUGUAAAAAUGUGUUAUGCGCUGUCGGUGUAUUCUGGGAGACCAAGGCCUGUGCUUUCCAAUCGCUGUAAUGUUUUUGUACCAGAGUGCUUGAACUCAAAUCUAAAGAUAAUCAGUGCCUCUUUCACCAUAGCUAUGUUCACAGCGGUGAAGCCUUUAAACAAUUUAAAGUACCAAGUUUAUGUAAAUGACAACUAAGUCAAAGAACAAAGAGGGAAGGUCAAAAUUAAUAUCUGUUUCGUCAUGUUGCACAGCCAUUUUGGAGGGGCCUUAAGUUUCCUUUUGAGUUUGCACUUAUGUGUCGGAAGAAGAGCUUUAACAUCCGAGGCUUUUGUAGCUCGUAUCGCUGUCCUCGCACAGAGCACCGAAACUCAGAAAUGUCCCGUCGGGAUUGAGCCUUGUUGAAUCUGGUUUUGUCAAAUAUGGGAUCUGACUGCAAAUGCACUAGAAAAGUCCUUUCUAAUACAAUCAGCUGUGGUUGUGCUUUAGGUCUAAUACGAUGAGGUGAUGACUUGUACAGAUUCAAACUCCUAGUUUGUUCUGCAGGUUGAAUAUAAAACAUUAACUUUGAACUGACUUACUAAACUAGUCAGGAGUGAUGACAUGAUGUUGCCUUAAAAACAACAGCAGCAACACUACCCACACACAGCAUUUGUCUUGCAUAAAACUUCUCACAAAUAAUCCUGAUCAGGCUUUUUGUAUCAUACUGUAUAUCAUGUUUCAAGUAAAUGUGGUAGGUUGGCCAGUUUACUGUCAUGACAAUGAUGUGAAUCACGUAAUUCUUUUGCAUAUGUGUUUUCAGCGUGCCUAAAGAAGUAUGUUUAUGGUUGUAAAGCUUAGUAAUUACAUCAUAACAAUCCAGAGACACCUCUUUGUGGCACCUUUCAGUCCCAUCUGAACAACGGUCUCCGUCGUUUUCUUUCCUUUCUCGCGCUCUCAGUAUACACUAGUCAGAUCGAUGCAUCACCUCUUGUUUUGAUUCAGUGUUUUUAUGUCAAUGUGGUCACAGCCGUUUGCUAAAGAAUGUAAUUAGUAGUCUCCCAACAACAUUGUAGUUGUCUGGUCGUGCAGGUGUGUAGCGAUAUGGCUUUCGUGGUCACACCCGACGAUAAAAUCCUUGCUCAUUCCAAAUGAUUGAAUUGUUCACACAUUCAAUCCCUAAUCUGCCCUGUUAGUUUAUUCUGUAUGUCUGCUAUCUCAACUGUGCCUUACUUUGAUGUUUUAGUCAGUCAAGUCACCAUGUACGAUCGAUGUGAUGUAAGUCAUUACUGUCAUAAGGUCAACUGUGAACUAGCACGCUAAAAUCAACCAGGAACGUGUCAUCAUACUGGCAGCUUUAUGAGCAUUUCCAUGACUAUUGUGUUCAUGGAAUAAGUGUCUUUACUCUCAUAUCCUUGCUUUUGUUUUUCACUGCUCUUUCCCUAUAUGAUGACAUCCCUCCAUCGUUUCAGUCUGGUGUAUAAGUCUUUCAUAAAUAAAUCAAUCUGCCGAGGUUCCUCAGUGAAAGGUCAUGAAUAAAAACAAGCUGAAGCUAAAUAUCA